GAGAUCCUUUCAAAUUUCAAGCAGUCAAACCAUUUUCCAAACAGUAAAAUAUCGCACCUCGGAGUUCCCAUCUCCCGGCCCUUAGCAGAGCGAUGUCAACCCCAUUGACCCCAACGACGGCGAGGCUCCGGCCUGCCUCUCGGCGGCGGAGUGGGCCCUAUUCUCCUCCGACUCCCUGGGCCGACAACAACCACCACGGGGAGCACCACGACCGGGCUCCGCCCUCCGCCGAUGGCAACCGCAGGCCGCGGUUUGAGAGGAUCUUCAUGGAGGAGGACGAGAUCGCGCUCCUGAAGAGCCUCUGGCACAACUCCAUCUCCUCUCCUGCCGCGAAGAUCGACCCGGCCACCUUCGAGAUAUUGGGCAGGUCCCUCGGCUCCAGGUUCACCCACAACCAGCUGUCGAACAAGCUCCGGCACAUGAGGGCAAAGUACCAUAAGCAAUCCCUCACCAAAUCCUACAUCAAGACGCCUCACGACCGCGAGACCUACGAGCUAUGCCGCAAGAUUUGGGGCGAGAACAAGGCAGAGCCCAUGGAGGAGCGAGAGGAGGUCCCGUCUCAGGAGGAGGUCCAAUCACAGCGGCAGUCCCAGUCCUGUGGACGGAACAAGCACAUGAAUGCAGCGGCAGUCGAGGAAAAGGGGAACGAGGAAGAUGGGGUUGAUCUCGGGAAAUUCCCGGUGUUAGUCGAGGAGUGCGAGAAGGCCUUGGAGGGGAAUGGAGUGUGGAGGCAAGUGCUGAAGUGUCUGGACGAAGGGAAGAUGAGGGAGAUGAACGACAAGUUGGUGAUGUUGAAGUAUGAGGAGGCUGGCCUGAUGGCUAAGAAGGCUGAGCUGGUUCAGGAGCUUACCAGGAUGAUUCUCAGAGCCAUGGCUGCUUCUUGCUCAUCUACGAGAACCGCUGCUUGAUCGUUGAAACCCGGUGAUUGCAUUAAUUUUAGACAUCUUAUUACGCAGAAACUGAGUAGGAUGCUCCGUGAAGUUCAAUGACUGUAAUAGUAGAUCGAGCUGUAAGAAACUCGUGGCGUUCUUAGUAAAUGAAAGUCAGUUUGAAGCUUUCGAUGGAUA